AAGCAUCUGGGUGGAAUUUCCAACCAACUCUGCCGUCCGGAUUUAGCGACUUCCUCGAGCUGUACACAUCUUUAUGUCCAAAUAUUCAACUUUUUGCCGUCUUUCGGGGAUUUAUUAAUACUUUAAAGCAAUUAUGAUUCAACACAAAGGGCUAGCAUGAAGUCAGUGUUGUGCCGGCCGGUUCAUUUGUUGCUGGGGUGUAAAUUUAGUAACUUCUCAGAGCGGCUGAAUGCAGCGGCUGUGCUCCGGCUCUGCGCGCUCGAGGUGCCGAUCAUCAGCAGGACACAUUCAGGGUGUGGUGGUGAGCCCAUGGAGAAGCCAUCAUCUUCAGGCAAAGCAGCUCUGGAGGAAAGGAGGGGCCUGGUGGAGGUAAGCAGCCUCCUUAUGGAGUCACAACUAGAUGGGGCAGUGGGGGGGGAGGUAGAUCCUCAGACUCCGAGGAAGAGCAGCUCGUCUCGCUCUUCCCGCAAGAGCUUCCGUUUGGACUACCGGCUGGAGGAGGAAGUGACAAAGUCCUGUCGGGACAAAAAUGGCCGCUGGACAAACCCCUGGCCCACAUGGCGCUUCCCUUCCUACACCACCCUGCUCAGAUUCCUGUUGCUGGAUAAAAAUCACAGCAAUGUACCAACCAGUAAAGAGGCUCUGGACAAUGAGCUCCCCGUGCUGGAACCGUACUUUGUCCAGAACCCGGACCUCUCUGAGUCUGGCCCCGGUCUGAGAGUCACAUGGCUGGGUCACGCCACAGUUCUAGUUGAGAUGGACGGGCAUAUCCUCACAGACCCAAUAUUCAGCCAGAGGGCCUCCCCCUUCCAAUUCAUGGGUCCCAAAAGGUACAGAGGCCCCCCCUGCACUGUGGAACAGCUGCCCAGGAUCGACGCUGUCGUCAUCAGUCAUUCCCAUUACGACCAUCUGGAUGCUGGGUCUGUGGCCAGCCUUAACGCCCGCUUCGGAGGGGAGCUACGCUGGUUCGUGCCCCUGGGUUUGAUGGACUGGCUGGUGAAGACAGGCUGUGAGAAUGUGAUGGAGCUGGAUUGGUGGGAGGAGAACUGUGUCCCCGGUCACGAUGACGUCACGUUCGUCUGCACACCGUCUCAGCACUGGAGCAAACGCACUGCGCUCGACGAUAACAAGUCUUUAUGGGGCAGCUGGUCUAUUCUGGGUCCGGACCAUCGGUUCUUCUUCGCAGGAGAUACCGGCUACUGCGCUUCCUUCCAGGAGAUCGGACGUCGCUUCGGACCGUUUGACCUCGCAGCAAUCCCCAUCGGAGCUUACCUGCCCAGGGACAUGAUGCAGGGGCAGCAUGUAAAUCCAGAGGAGGCUGUUCAGGUUCACCAGGACCUUCAGGCCAAACAGUCCGUGGCCAUCCACUGGGGAACGUUUGCUCUCGCCUAUGAGUACUACCUGGAGCCGCCGGUGCGUCUCAGAGAGGUCCUGGAACAGAAAGGACUGAUGCCAGAAUCCUUCUUCACUCUGCAUCACGGGGAGUCUCGACUCAUUUCCUCCCAGGAAGAUGUUUUUGACUGAUCCUCUGUGCAUCUGAAACAAAGUGCACAACCCUUGUGUUAAUAAUGUUAUGGACUACAGUCAGUUAGGACUGAAAACAAUGUAUGCAUAUCAUCAACUGAAGAUAGGAAAUGUAAAUGUUCCACAGUACUGUUUACAUGCUGACAUGUCUGCGUCGUGCCAUAGUCAUGGUGGGCAAAACAGGAGCUGCGUCUUCACUAACAUACAUAUUCAGAUUUCACUCAUGGGAAACAUUUAAAUAUGCAGUGGACUUCUCAAAUCACAUUUAUAUCAUUGUAACAAAAUAGAGGAAAUAGCUAAUUAGCCAUAUCUAGAGAGUUUACAACAGUGUUUCCAUGAACCCAUAACUUGCAUUAAUGUACGUACACGUUAGGUGGUCCACACUGCUGUCAAACACUUUCAGCUCUAAGGAUCAUUUCUGGUCCAGAAUGGACCCAAAGAUUGCCACUGGGAAGAACUGUGCAUGCUCAUGUCCCUGGGGUGUCCAGACUUUCUUGCCAAUUUAACUCACAUGGAGUAACUAGUGCUGGUCCCGUGACUAGCUACACUGCUCUUAAAGUGAGGUAUAAUGUGUGGAGUUUGUGGGGUUGAACCGCUUACCUUCAGGAUGCAGCAGCUACAUGAGAACAGGCAGCUGGAUUUUGAAGUUCCUGUGAGCUGUAACAUAAACAAAUCUAUUAGAAAGAGUAGUAGAGCUGCUAGUUAAUGCCACAAUACAGACAUGUAUUCUUCUGAAUGUACUCUGGCCAACCCGAAUCUACUUGAGAUGCAGAAAUGCAAAAGGAAAUCAAAUGUUAUGUAUGAGAUAAAGCUCUGUGCUAACAGCGUGCUGCUAGGGGGUGCAGGCAGAAGCUGAGCUGGGUUCAGCUUCACUGCAGACACAUUUCUGUGUUUGAAGCUCUGGAGACUUUGUUCUCUUUGCUCAGCGUGAUCUUUCACAUUUUUAAAUCUGAGGGUAACAGUAGAAUCAUUUUAGUGCUCAACUAUUGAACAGAUGGUUCUUUAUGCUGAAUCUGAAGCCUGAAUGUAUGAAAGUGGACCGCACAAUGUCGGCUUCAGUUUGUAGCCUGGUUACAUUUACAAAGGCAAUGUGUAAAUACUCAUGUUCACUGAGUUUCCCAUUCAAAAUAACUUGUUUGAAAUGUGAUUGUACCUUGUGUGCAGAACUUUCAAAAAUAAAGAAUACUGGACUAAAACAUAAAUAUAAAUGUCCUUGAGAUUUAAGGAAAAUCAAUUAAUUACUGUUUAAAUGACUCAAAAGUUCCUGUUUGGGUGGAAAUCAUGCUUAAGACAUUUUUCUUUGUGAUGAAUUAACUUUCCAAAAAGGUUUUAAAAGAUCAUUUCAGUUUUUCCAAUAACAUCCAUGUCAUUAGACCCAAUGACUAUACAUCUGUGUAUUUCUACACUACCUAUGAACACAAAUAUCCACAACAGAAUACUACUAUAGAUACUGUAGUUUUGCCUGAUAUUUAAUACACAUACCAUGCAUACUGUACUAUGACUUUUUUUAAACAUACUAUACUAUGUAUUUUCGUCAUACUAUAUGUAGGGCGUUCUUUUCAUAUUAACAGCAUACUUGUGUACUAGGACUUUUUUUUGAUAAAUGAGAAUCAGUGACUACAUUUGACUACUUGUGUAUUAAAUAUUAACAGUUAUAUAACUGUGGGUGCAUUUUAAGAUUCACUUUUUUAAAGAAUUUAAGAUUUUUUCUCGGCUUUGGGAACUAAUGAGGCUUAGUGGUGUCCCAUGAAGCUAGCGUUAUGUGAUUAUUGGAUUCAUGCGUAGUGCAGAGACUUGUUACGAGCGCUGGUUCUGUCCUAUGAUAUGGACCAAAUCCCACGCCUGUAAGCCACAGGUGGGGUCUGGGGUCCGUAUGUCACAGUGAUGGAUGGUAAAACGGUUUCCUUACACACCACCACCUUGGUCUCUAUUUUCUUCCGCAAUGAGGUCAGCUGAGGGUCACAAAAACAAUACUAUAUAAUGUGUAGGUCCCAAAGCAAGAUUGUGAACAGCACGAGUUCCACAUUGUAAAUGGAACAUUCAAAUCUGCAUUUUUACUUUUUCGUUAAUCAAUUCAAGAACUCUUUAUAUCUGGUCCCUCUGAUGAACUCCCUGAUGAUGUGUCCUUCCAAUUUCCUACCUCUGGUGAAGCAUCUACCGCCCGGUGUUUCAUCCUCAGCAUGCUUCUCAUGAAGGUUGACCCAUAGCCUUCUCUUGUGGAUCCUGUAUAGAAGCUGAAACAUCAAUAUGGCCUUUAAUGUAAAACUCAUACCUACAACACUGUCCAAUAUGUGUUGUUCAGUGUACGUCAUAGUUAAUCACUUCCUCACACAAUUAGCAUCUACAGUUCUUCCAUCUUUACCUAUGCUAAUGCAAAUGCAACAUUAAGCUGUAGAUUCCACGCUGGUUUAGAUGAAUGCGUUUCAAAUGCUUCCUGGCUUUGUUUAACCAUGCUAAAUGGGAUGACCUGUGAUGGAACAUGUGCUUCAACAAAGUGUUAAUGACACACAUUAAAACAUUUAUGUUGUUUUCAACAAACAGGAUAACAAGGGUUAGCUCUCAAAAAUACAUGUACAUGUUUUUGUGCUGUCUGAAAACAAAAGGCUGAUUUAUGGGUGUCAAACUCCUGUUCUGCUUUCUUUGCUUCCAUCACUCCAUGUC